UAUUGAGAUUUGAGAGUGAUUCAGAGCAUAUUGUAGCAAACAAAGUUUUAUCACUGGGAGUGGCUCAUCUCUGAAAUACUACUACCUUGUAGCCUUUCUCUCCUAGGUUUCAGAACUCUAAGUACUGCCGCAGCCUGGAGAGUAGUAAAGUUUUCAAUAUUGGAAACAAUAACAAAGCUGAAUUUACAUCUUAUCUUCCAUGGGUCAAGGAGUAUCAGAUGCGAAGAAUAUCAGCUUGAAGGCAUUAGUGGACAAGGGGAGAAACAGAGUUAUCUUCGUAGAGGCAGAUAAUGAUUUCAUUGAUGUUCUCUUCAGUUUUUUGACAUUACCAAUGGGAAAAAUUGUCAGGCUUGCCCGCGACCAUUCAACACCACUGGAAAUAGGUUGCAUGAACAAAUUGUAUCAGAGUAUUGAGAAGCUUGAUGUGCAGGUUUUCAGGUCCAAUGCAUGUAGAGACAUGUUGUUGCUUCCGCACAGUGUAGCUAACUGUCAUUGCAAGAACCUCAAAUUGAAAAUUACUGACGAUGCUGAGCCAACACGGUUUCUCUGCUGUGGUUAUAGUUCUCAUUCCUCCUGGUUAAGUUAUUAUGCAACGGCUACUUGCCCUUCAUGUGUACUGCCUUGCUACCGUCCCCAUGCCAUGAAUUCUCAAGUAAAUCUUUCAGUGGAUGAUUCUCAAGUUGGAGGGGUCUUUGUAAAAGAGGGAGCCAGGUUUAUGAUUACUGAUGAUUUACAAGUGAUACCCCCAUUAAGUGCAGCUAACAUUUCCUUGUUUACCAAGCUUGGAGCCACGAAUAGCAAUACCACUGAGGAGCUAACUUUUAAUAUUGGAGUCGAGCAGGUUUUGAAUUUGCUUGUGAGCUCAUUUGUAUCCAAAACGCCAUUCACUGAAACUCUGCUGAAGCCUAAUCCUGUACCAAAAUUAGGUGGUGUGAAUUUCAGUCAAGGAAAAUGUAUUGAAUCUCAAGUUUCAGGGGCCUCGAUAAAUGAGGAAAAAGAAAACAUCUCUGUCAAGCUCGUAGUGAGUAAAUCAAAGAAUGUGGUUUGCUACGCAGAAGUAGGAGAGGAUUUUGUUAAUUUGAUCUUCAGUUUCUUGACUCUUCCACUUGGGUUUAUAUUAAAGCAGAUGCUGGAUUCCCCUUGGAAAGGAUGUAUUGAUCAGUUGUGCAAGGGUGUCCUGGAUUUUGAUGUGAAAUUUUUUAAGUCAAAUUACCACAAGGAAUUGCUAUGCAAUCCCAAACUUAUUCCUGGGUUCAGCUAUGAGAACAAUCUUUUAGCAAUUGAGGAGGCAGAAUACUAUAUGUUUUUUGAUCGUAAGUUGACUUCUGAUAGAUCCAUUAUCCCUUCUAACCUGUCAUCUCAGGCAAUUAAAGUUAAAUUUUUGGACCCCAAAUCCCACGGUGAUAAAGAUACAAGUGCUCAGGGAUUCUUAAAAGAACCAGCAAUUUUCAUAGUAGCUGACAAUUUGGAUAUAAGGCGAGUAUCUCCAAUCUUUCAACUGUCUAUUCUUAAUGAUUUGAAGGUACAUUUCACUGAUAUUGAGGAUCGAACUGUGCAUGUUGGAAAGAACGAGGCUUUGAGUCUUUUGGUGGCUUCUGUUGUUUCUGACUCAGUUCUAACCAAUGCUUUCCUACGGAAGCCACAGGAGCCAUCAAUUAAGCGAGAGCAAUGAGGAGUGCUUAAGAAGAGGAGUUGCUUUUGUUGCUACUACAUCUAAUUAAGUAUGCGUUUUGGUUUUUAAGAACAACUUCCAUUUGUAGCGACCUGCAUAGUCUGCAUAUUUGGGUGCGAACUCUUUGGUCAUGUUUUCGUUGCGUAACUUUGUGUUGUAAGAAUAUGUAUUUUGCUAUUGUGUCAAGACUUGAGAGCUCUCUCUGCUUUCAUUAGUACGUAAAUAUGAACUUGUACUGGCUAUGAUAACUUAAGACUUGUUAAGUUGUGUUCUAAUCGUAUCUAAGUACCUUUGUUUCUA